AUGGAUCACGAUGGCAAUCGGCAGAUCCGGGCUGCCUGUGACCGGUGCCAUUCGCAGAAACUUCGAUGCGAAAGACGGCAAGAUGAAGAGAGCUGCUUGAGAUGCGCUCGGAAUGCUACGGCCUGUGUUUACAGCGUAAGGAAACGGCGGACCGUUCUUCGGCCACCCCGACAUCGUCCAAAAAGGCGAAGACUUAGAAACGAGGAUGGUGAGAGUGGUAGCGGAGGCGUAAACGGUCAAAUCGAAGAAGACCCCUUUGGCGGUGCAGUGGCUGAAGACGUUGAAGACGAGCUUGAUAGCACAUAUUUAACAUCUUUCGAUCCCGCAUUCGGCCAAUGGCCUGAGUUGCACGAGUUACCUCAAGAUAUAUCAGUUCCAGAGUGUGAUGAUUUUUCACUCCCAAGGUUCGGGAAUGGCCUUGUUGAAUCUAUCCUACCUCCUCCAAACCAGCCUCUGAUGCCCACCCCUUGCUCCAGUGGGAAAACAUUGACAGACUGGAGUCAAGACAUACCUGGCACGCUGGUUGAUAAACCAAGCAUGAUCGUGCAGCAAGUGCGAAAGCUGGCAGAUUUAAAUGUAAAGCUGUGCGAACAUGCAGCAAAAUUGCCGCCCGUGUCCACUAGCUUUAGCGAAAUACAAAUCUCUCUGGCCAACCGCGUUUUUGAGAUUGACGAGACAUUCUGUCUCAUCCAAACUUUGUUAGAUGUCUCAAGAACCAUUUAUUCUCACAGGUCCAUUCCACCAGAGAAUCAAUCUCUGGAAGAUAUCUCGUCAAUUUCUCCGUCGAUUUUAUUUUCUCAAAACAACCAGAAAGAUCAUCCACCCAACGACACGAGUCCGGGAGCACGCAGCGGCCCAGGUAGCCAUGUUCCAGAUCGACCCACCUUUCUACUUAUACUGUCCUGCUACGAUCGGGUGAUUGACAUCUGCCAGUGCAUUUUUACGCAUAUUGAAUGUUGUGUCAAAACCUUCGCCACGCCUCUGACCCCUGAAGUCCAAGUGACACGGUUACCGGAACUUAGAAUCGGAUCUUACAAACCCCCCAUAUCAUCGGCAGUUGCCAUGAAAAUGUUCCUCUUCCACACCAUGGCACGCCAACUCCUCUCACAGUUGCGGACCAUUUUUGUGAUGCACAAUACUGGAGCCGGGAGAGAGGGGUGGCAAUGGGACACGAAUGGGCGUGGAGAUGGGAGAAACAACUAUAGCAACGGGAAUGAGACGGGAUCGUUCAUGAAGGACACUGGCCGAGACGCCGGUAUUCCAGAAGGCCCAUAUACGAAUGUAGAGACCACACCACUCGACCUUGUGGACAAGAAUCGUUAUGAUAUAUUCGCUCGUGCUUGCGGGAUGUCUGAGCAAGUUACCAAUAUCGGGAAAAAGCUGAUGGACAUGGCAGUAGUGCCAUAG